AUUUUUUUUUUUCAGCUACUAGUACUACCGUCACAACAAUGGAGUCCAAAGUCCUCCCAAUUACUCCGGCGCCGUUUCCGGCUUCCUCCGAUGAAGCCACGGACUGGAAUAUUCAAAGUCCGGCUGCAAAAUCGCCGGCGCCACCAACAACGCCAUCGACGCCGUCAUCCUUUCAAGAUAUACGGCGAUGGAGACCGGCGGCGCAGCGAAACCUGAGAAACCAGUGGUCGAAGUUGUCUUCUCUUCGAACGCAAUGGCUUUCUUUAUCCUCCACUGCUCGAUCACACGCCACUUAUGUUGUAAAUUCUUAUCUCUCCCAAAGAAUGACAUCCCUUGGAGUUUGGUGCAGGUAUAUGGAUGCAAUGGAGUUAGGUGUAUUGACAGAGAUGCCUGAUAUACGUAAAAAAGCAUGUAGGAAAUUGUUCAAGCAGCAGGAGACUAAUAGGAGUAAGCUCUUGUCAUCUUACAAAGAUAUGGUGGCCGUUGUAACUCAGAUGGUCAAUGUUUCUAAAUCUAUGAGGUGUUAUCUCAAAGGAACAAGUGGCACCCCACUUACUGAGUUUUCUUGCUUACCUGGAAAUCAGAAUGACACUGGUGAUUGUGAUGGGAUUCCUGUUUUCACCUUUUGGUCAAUCUUUGAUUUCGAGACACUGGCCAAGGAGCUGGUCCAGAUGUUUGUGUCAGAAACAAAUCUAAAGCGGUUGCUAGUGAUGGAAAUAUGCUCUAGUGGUUCCGAGAAUUUUUCACAAGUUGACGGGCUGAAAUGGAGUGAUCAUUUCUAUGUCGGAGAGUUUGAUGAUCUACGCAUAUGUGAUUCAAACUCAAACAAGGUUCUUAAGCAACUCGUGCCCAAAGAAGAGAGCUACAAUUCUCAGUCUACCACCAUGCAAUCAAGUAGUCAACUAGAGAGGAACGUUCUCCAGGUUUACUUAACAACCUGGCUCGCAGAAGUCAAUGUCGAUAGAUUCAGGAUAGGUGAAUUACUUGCUAUGGUAGGUGAGGAGAUGCAUGUUACCAUAUCAUGAAGCCUCAACUACACAGAUAGAGCGGAAUGGAUACAAAGGAUUCACAUGGAUGACCCCAACUGAAUUGAGGUUGAGGCGUAUAAAAACCGACUUAAAUUGGGAUUCAGAUGGUGAAGUUGUCCAGGAGGAACUAUCCAACUUACAAACAAGACUACUGCUGUUUUCCAGGCAAUACCGCCACAACAAUGGUUGCUAAAUGCUGUCUUUGUUUGUCAAAGCAAUCAGCGGAUGAAGAAGCUUGGCACAAGCAAGAACCACUAUAACUGGCUGUUCUCCAACUCGGUUUCUCUUUUUUUCUUUUCUUUUGGGAUGGGAGUAGAGAUGCUAUAUAUAUAAAUCUGUUUUCCCUAAUUUUACCAUUUGCAUUAAAAUUGAUAUUAACAUCAGAAGAAGAUCUAGACAGAUGGGUCUUAAUUUCACAAAGCGUUUUGCUUUGCAAGUGUAAUACUCUUUUGAAGAUGGAUCUCAUGAAAUACUGUGUCUUCCACUGGGCUAAUAUAAUUUAUAGGAAGUCAUUGAAGAAUGAAGAUAAAAGCCUUGAUUCUAUCAUGGGGACUUUGAAGAUAAAGUCAAUAGAAACAACAUCGAAAGUAUUGGAAACAAUAG